AUGUCUCAAUCUCACUAUACACUGGCCGAGGGGGUCUCCCUGCCUCGAAACGACACUAUCGAGCAGCUGUCGACGGGCUCUGGCGGUGGCUAUGUCCUCUUAACCAGCACGCAGCUGCUGGAGAACCUCGCGCACUUCUCUCGCGAGAGGAUUCCUGAACGGACUGUUCACGCAAAGGCUUCCGGUGCCCGAGGCUACUUUGAGGUGACUGACGAUGUCUCGGAUGUGACGGACGCAGAUUUCCUCAAUGGCAUCGGAAAGAAGACUGAAGUGAUGAUGCGUAUCUCUACCGUUGGACCUGCUCGAGGCUCUGCGGACACGGUUCGCGAUUUCAGAGGGUUUGCCAUCAAGCUGGCCUAUUUCCUAUCAUUCCUCCGCCCUCUGGAGUCGUUUGGACACAAAGCUCACACAGACGUCAACGUCGACCAGCCCGUCUUCUUCGUUCGCGACCCGAUGAAGUUUCCCUCAUUGAAUCGAAGCCACAAACCGCACCCGACCACCAACGCCUCGGACGCCAGCAUGUUCUGGGACUUUCACGUCAACAACCAGGAGAGCAUUCACGCGCUCAUGUUUCUGUUUGGGGACCGCGGCCUACCAUCAUCGGUGCGCCACGUAAACGGCUACAGCGGCAACACGUACAAGUUCACCAAGGACAACGGCGCCUCGUACGUCUACACGCGCAUCACUUUCAAGACGGUGCAGGGCAUCCACUACUACACCAACGCCGAGGGCGCCGACAUCGCCGGCAAGGACCCGGACGCGCACCUACUCGACCUCCAGAACGCCAUCAAGCGAGGCGACUUCCCCAAGUGGGACAUCUAUAUCCAGGUUAUCAAGCCCGAGGACAUCUCCAAGGCGCCCGUCAACAUCUUCGACAUGACCAAGGUAUGGCCCAAGGCGCUGUACCCGCUACGCAAGGUGGGCCGGGUGACGCUCGACACGAACCCCAAGAACUGGUUCGCCGAGAUCGAGCAAGCCGCCUUCAGUCCGAGUAACAUGGUGCCAGGUAUCGCACCCUCGCCGGACCCCAUGCUCCAGGCCCGAAUGUUUGCCUACCCGGACGCCGCGCGCUACCGGCUGGGCGUGAACUACCAGUUCCUGCCGACCAACGCACCAAAAGCCCAGGUCUACUGCCCUAUUGAGCGCGAUGGCUUCAUGAACUUCACGCCCAACUACGGUGCUGAUCCCAACUACGUGGGCACAAAGCUCAAGCCCGUCACGUUCUCGGACCGCACCAGCUCCGCCAAGGUCGCCAGCACCGAUUUCAGUGUCACCCAGCAGACGAAGCAGCAGCUCACUCUGGGUCGGCUGGACGAGGUGCAGAUCCCCUCCCCGAUCGCGGCCUUCACCCAGGUCGACGCUCACAAGGACUUUGAGCAACCCAUCGCGUUGUGGAAGAUUAUGGGGAAGCAGGAGGGCGCGCAGGCCCGGUUCAUCGACAACGUCGCCGCCCAUGUCAGCGAUGUGGAGGAGAAGUGGUUACGGGAGGAGGCCUACGCCAUGUUCGCCAAAGUCGACGUCCAACUCGGGGAGAAGAUUCGCAAGGUCGCCGAGACCAAGAUUGACAACGACCACAAGCACCCGCACAAGUCGGCGUGGCAUUGA